AUGGCUCGGGGUCCGGACGCCAUCCCUCCCAUGCCGAAGGAGCAGGGCGCUGCCGAGGGAAGCGGUCCCUCGGUGAAGAUGAGGGAGCGUCGAACGAAGGCCGUCAGGGACUCGGCUCGUCCCAGCGAUCCCGAUGCGCCGGCAGAAGAGACACCAUCGACCGAGGCGGUGGUGCAGGGGGACGAGACGCACGAGUCGCGCCGGCCUCCGCUGUCGACUUUGUCCUUUACUGAGCUUCAUGCGGCGCUCAGUGAAGUUCAUGUGGCUGAAGUGAAGCGACAGACGGCGCUGGUGGAGGAGGCGGCUAAGAAGAACCGCCAGCUGGUCGCCAUUGGCACAGAGGCGCGUGAGAAGGCGCUCGCCGAGGCCCGCGAGGGUUAUGUGAAGGAAUCCUUCUACCGGGAAGCUGAUUUACGGGCGAAGGAUGCUGAAGCGGCGACGAAGAGUUCGAAGGUGGAAGUCGUGGACCUUUCGAAGGUCCUGGAGGACAAGAGCAAGGAGCUUGAGGACGUCAUUGCCGAGUACAAGGGCAAGCUCGAGUCUGCGACGGAGGCUAGGGACGCUGCCCGGGGAGCUACGGGAAGAGAUCGCGGCCGUGAAGCUGCAGCACGCCAAGGACCUUGCCGCGGAGAAGGAGGCGUCGGAGGGCACUGUCCUGGCGGUGCAGGCUGA